GUAAUUAUAUAUACUGUAUGAAAAAGGGUUACACUAUAAUCAUGUAGCAUAUAGCAGAAGUAGUUCAUUUUCACAGCUUUAGGUUGCUUUCAUUUUGAUAAGUAGUGCUGGUUUCGAUGCAUUUUGGAUCGAUUGAAUUGAACAGAAGACGACUUUGAGCCUUUGGUAGUGACUGAGUUGCCCAAUAACAUGCUCAAGAAGCGCAAAUCGGUGGAUAAUUCAACUUCAAGAUGUGGCAGGCGUUUUAAAAGCCCACUGUUCCAAAACUCUCAAGAUGCAGGGGAGACAGUAAAAGAUCAGAGACAAAUCACAUUAUUGACUGAAAGCAAUUCACAGAGAAAUAACAUAGUAACAACAGCUAAUGAGAGGACUCAGAAAUGCAAACUAACAAUCAACAGUUCAGCUUCCAAAUGGAAUGAUUACUUAACUGAGGACAAUGACAACUGCAAUAAGAGAGGCUUUAACUUCAAGGACGCUUCAGGUUCAUGGAACAACAACGACAUCUUAGAGGCCAUAACUGGUGAGCAAAGAGUAGAAGAUGAUAUCCACCCUGAUUUUAUGUGACUUUUAUAAAAUCAGGUGUUACAUAAAAGUGUUUGAUUUUGUGUAAGUGUACAAAUAAUAUAUAACAACUCCACGCAAGUUUCUUCUGGCCUCAUUUAAAUGGAUUUCCAAUGGUACGGAUUUGGA